AAGCAUUAAAUUAUUUUUCCCAUUGAAACAUGAGGGUUCCAGUGUUUAGUGCAUAUUUAAUCCAGUUCCACUUUUACGGUGCGGUUUAGUACAAUCAUUAACAAAAGCGGCGGGCACACUACAUCCCGCGAAGCUCUUAAACUUACAUGUUUCCUAUUUCUAUUGUGAUUACUUUUUGAACUUAAAAUGGAUCUCCACGACAUUACGGCGGUCAUGAAACUUUGCGAUGACAAUCUGCAAAAGCUGCAGGACAGCAUUUCGUCCUACCAGCGUGAAGUGGACCAGGUUCGACAGGUGCUUGCGGAGAGGUGGAUGAACGUGGAAAGGGAGGACGGCAGACUAAUUGCGCUACACGAUCAGCUAUUGAGCAGCCUCAGCGAGGUAAAUGCAUAUGUGAUAAAGAUGAAUCUGCACAUAAAACUUAACCGACCAGGCGGUGGAAUGUUCCGGGAGAGUGAGCAGCCGGAGGAGCCCUCGUAUACAUGCGAUUCUGUAAAGCUUUCGGGAAUAAGCGCCAUAGAAGAGAACGUCGAAGAUGACAAGCCGCCAAAUCAGGACAGUGUCCAGCACCCGCCAGAAGAUUCGGGCCAACAAGUUAUGCCCAUUGAUUUAUCGUCAGAAGAAAAGGUCGCAGCGGAGGUGGUACCACCGAAUAGACCUAACCCAAAAUCGAGUCAAAUUUCUGAGAACCUGGUAUUCUCAAUGCACUCCAGUUGGGUGAUUGAGCCCACUCCGGAGAAUCUCAAGCCAAAUCCUCUGCCCAUACAGCAGUCUCCUUCUCAAGCUUCAAUAGUUCCGCGGUUCCUGCCAGCAACUUUGCCCAAAUUUCCGUUGGCAGAGCGUAACCGGACCCUGCUACCACCCAAAUCCGGUACACAGACAUCUAGUGAUGGCAUCUACUCGCAAAUCUUCAAGAAUAUUGCCGCUUUUCCCGCAAACACUGUGGUCAAGGCUACCGUGAUGCACCUGAAUAUCGCCACCAAUUGCUUAUAUGUUGCCCUGUGGGAUACGAGCUCCCAGCCGCUGAUGAAACUGCUAGGGGGACAGAUGGCGCUACGAGAAUUGGAUCAGGUGCCAGACUACGGUGACAUCUUUGCAGUCUAUGACUGUAGGGACCAGGUCAUUCCACGAGUUACAGUCAGUGCCAUUACCGAGGGCGGAGGCUACGAUGCCUACCUGCUUGACUACGGUGAGCAUAUUCACCUAAGCGGCAAGGAAAAUAUAUUUGCCCUGCCUGAUUGCAUCAAACAGUUGCCGGCCGAGGCGAUUCGCUGCCAUAUGGCCAACUUUAAUGUGUCCAACGUGAAAAAGAAUAAUUACGAGACGAUUAAGCUCCACGUACUUGAUAACAAUGGCAUCGACAUCGUGGCGGAUCUCCUGGAGGAGGAUAAAAGCAUUGAUCGGGUUGGAAAUGUUUCGAAAACUGAAACCCCAAGGGAUAAUGCCGGUGGCAAGGACGACGGCCUUGCAGAAAAGACAGCUCCUGUCAAGCUGAGUGAGGCGGAUAUGGCCAUGCUGAAUGAGAUUGGAACGAGUACCAGUGAUCCGCUUAAGGCCGUGCUGGGAUUCAGGCCAAGGGACGAACAACGCAUUUGUAGGCACUACGAUCCCAAGAUUAAUGGCUGCUUUAAAGGAAAUAACUGUCGCUUGCUCCAUGAGCCCUUCGCCCCUUUGGGUGCCACCAAGGACGUGGAGGUGGUUGCAGCUCUCCCCGAAGCUGUGUUCGACUCUCCGGUGCCUCCAAAGAUAGGCAGCACUGUUCGCAUGCUAAUUACCUUUGUGAAUAGCCCGAUUGAGGUGUAUGCCCAAUUUGUGGACGAUGCGGCUCCGCUGGUGUGGGACGACAAGGAUGUGCCGGUACAUAAGCGCACGUUCAAGCGGAAGCCCCACAUCCUGGACAUAGUACUAGCCCAAUAUAGCGAUGGCUGCUUCUAUCGGGCACAAAUCAUGGACGAACAGGACGAGGAAUACAAGAUCUUUUAUGUAGACUAUGGCAACACAGAGUUCGUGUACAUAAACUCUUUGGCUUCAUGCGAUGACGUGGACAGCUUAAAGCCGCAUCGGGCCAUCAGUUGCCAUAUAGAGGGCGUCAUCCGGAUGCCUGAUCUAUGCCCUCAAAAGACCGCUGAGUGUGUGGAAUAUCUAAAGACUAAGUUGCUAAACACGGAAAUGGAUGUGGUACUGAAGAAUCGUCUGCCAGAUGGAUUUCUGGUAGGCUUAACGGGCGAAUAUGCGGUUGUGCCGCGGAAAUUAGUGCAGCGUGGGUAUGCGCAGCCCAGCGACGGUCUUCAGGAAAAUUUUAAUGUGAAAGACCUGAAAGACGGCCAUAGUGACACAGACCAUGAUUUCUAAGUUUCUUUUUCUUGAGUUUUUGCCAAAGUUAUUAUUUAAUAGAAACGAAAACUGCUGUUAUUUUAUUAUUUAAAGAAGUUACGAUUAUGUUGACCUUUCGUUAGUUUUAAGCAAAAUUUGAGUUGCAUUUAUCUAAAGUUAAAUCGUGGUAUAAUCUUUAACGCUAGAGCUUACUUUUAAGAAAAUGAAUUUUCCACCUUUUCAUAAAAUUAGCUUUUUUCCUUGCUGAAUUUCGAUUCAGAAAUACAAUCUUCAUUCUGCUCUAGCGGCAUGUCGGGUUGCUUGAUUA